UUUAACUUUAAGUGCAUUUUGAGAACAGGAAAAAAAAAAAAAUGAAAAACAAAAACAAGAAGAACCCUAGAUAGAGCGCAUCAGUGACCUUCGGCCCCAAUCCCCUGCCGUCCUGCCUCCCUCUGUGCGAUCCCCGCCAUCGAGCCCCAGUUCGCCCAGUCUCUCAGCCGUCGCGAGCAACGAAGCGGGCCCUUCGUCCGACCCAAUUUCUAGCCACCUGAUUUGAUAUAUAUAUAUAUAUAUAUAUAUGCGAAAACAGUAUACUAGUGGAAAUGGCUGUUCAGGCUCCUGCUAAACAAAGCCUAUUUGAUGACUUUGACGAAGACGACGGGCCUUUAAUUGUUAAGCGGAAAAAUACUGCGUCCAAACCAAAUCAAUUAAGCUCAGAGCUAAAGAAACCUUUAUCACAGAGGCUGGAUGGACAGUCGGGGAGGCAGAUUUCUGAUGGGGUUUUCCUUAAUGGUAUAAACUCCUAUUCUCAAAAGGGCAAGGUGGUACAAUCCAGCAAAGCAUCACCAGUUAAAUCUCCCUUAGUUAGUCCUAAAGCUUCAACUUCAUCUACAAAGGCAGCUACACAGAAAUCUCUAGUAGAAAUUCGAAGAGCAUCAACGCCAUUAGAUGGUCGGCCAAAGUUUUCAUCAGGACAAAAUAAAUACAGUGCGGUUAAGGAAGAAAAAAGUUCUAUCAGGCAAUCUACUACAUCUGAUAUUCAUUUUGAAGACUCUGAUUCUGAUGAUGAUAAACCUCUAAGUGCUAGACUCAAGGGGAACUCAAACCAGGGAGAUAAAGGUACUGGCAAGUCCACUGCUGGAGAUAAGGGUCCUGGAAAGCAUACCACUGGCCCACAAUUGCCACCAGUGAAAAAGAAGGAAUCUCAAGACUCAGAUGAUGAACCUUUAUCAUCAAAAUUUCAGGUGAAGUCUAAUGCGGGAACAUCAGGGAGUAACCGUAGUGAUUGUGAUGAUAAGAAACCUUUGUCAUCUAUUAAUAAGCUGAAUGGUUCCACUGUAAAAGAUGAGAGAAAACCUUUGGACAUAAGUGCUAAGAGACCUCUAGAUAAGCAGAAGUCGGAUGUGUCUCCAGUUAAAAAGCAAAAACUUUCAUAUUCAUCUUCACUAAUGAAAAGUAAACAAGAAUCAGUCAAGGCUGAAUCGAAGGCAGAUGAUGACGACCAUGUUCCAAUUUCACAGAGAAUUAAGAAGUCGCCUGCAUCAACUAGUAAAGCGUCUACUCCAAAGCAAAACAUUAAAAAAUAUGCUUCUUCCUCAUCGAAGAAAACGAUCAAGAAGUUUAAAAAAACAGUAAAAAAUUCAAAAUAUUCCAAGUCAACAAAAGUGUCUCCCAGCUCCGGUGAUGGGCAGAAAAAAUGGACUACCUUGAGUCACAAUGGUGUUAUUUUUCCACCUCCUUACAAUCCACAUGGGGUUAAGAUACUCUAUAAUGGAAAGCCAGUUGACCUGACUCCUGCACAAGAGGAGGUUGCAUCGAUGUUUGCAGUUAUGAAGGACACAGAGUAUGUGCAAAAACAAACAUUUAGAGAUAAUUUCUGGACUGAUUGGCGCAAGUUACUUGGUAAAGGUCAUGUAAUCCAGAAAUUGGACGCUUGUGAUUUCACCCCAAUUUAUAACUGGUAUGAAGAUGAAAAGGAAAAGAAGAAACAGAUGAGUACGGACGAGAAGAAGGCCUUGAAGGAAGACAAACUGAAACAAGAGGAGAAGUAUAUGUGGGCUAUGGUUGAUGGUGUUAAAGAGAAGGUUGGUAAUUUCAGAGUUGAACCGCCUGGUUUGUUCCGUGGCCGUGGCGAGCAUCCAAAGUCAGGAAAGCUGAAGAGACGUAUUCGUCCUAGCGAUGUUACUAUUAACAUAGGAAAAGGAGCUCCAAUUCCAGAAUGCCCAAUCCCCGGUGAAAGAUGGAAAGAAGUAAGGCAUGACAAUACGGUAACAUGGUUAGCUUUCUGGAAUGAUCCAAUCAAUCCAAAAGAAUUCAAGUACGUGUUUCUGGCAGCUAGUAGUUCUUUGAAGGGGCAGAGUGACAAGGAGAAAUACGAGAAAGCAAGGAAGCUGAAGGGUUCCAUAGACGAAAUCCGUUCUAAAUACACAAGGAACUUUACAAGCAAAGAUGUUAUGACGCGGCAAAUAGCAGUUGCUACCUAUCUUAUUGAUAAACUUGCUCUGAGGGCUGGCAAUGAGAAGGAUGAUGAUGAAGCAGAUACUGUUGGUUGUUGCACACUAAAAGUAGAGAAUGUAAAAGCACUGCGCGACUAUAAAUUGGAGUUUAAUUUUCUCGGUAAGGAUUCAAUCAGAUAUGAAAACACUGUUUCUGUUGAGCCUCUUGUUUACAGGGCAAUCGUUCAGUUCCAGGACAACAAAGAGGCCUCUGAUGCUCUUUUUGACAUGCUGGAUACGACUAAACUAAAUUCUUAUCUAAAGGAGCAGAUGGAUGGGCUUACAGCAAAAGUUUUCCGUACAUAUAAUGCAUCUAUCACGUUGGAUGAAAUGUUAAAUCGGGAAACCAGAGAGGGAGAUGUGGAAGAGAAAAAGACUGUUUAUAAUGCAGCAAACAAGGAGGUUGCAAUCAUUUGUAAUCAUCAGCGUACUGUUUCCAAAUCUCACGAGGCACAGAUGUCGAGAUUGAUGGAGAAACUCCAGGAACUAGAGGACGGGCUGAAAGAGCUGAAAAUAGAUUUGGACAGGGCAAGGAAAGGAAAGCCCCCAUUGAAAGAUGCUGAUGGGAAGAAAAAGAGGAACUUAAGCCCCGAAGCGUUAGAGAAAAAGAUAGCUCAAAUAAACACGAGGAUUGAGAAAAUAAAACGGGAUAUGCAGAACAAAGAGGACACAAAAACUGUGGCUUUAGGCACGUCUAAGAUCAAUUACCUUGACCCUAGGAUCACAGUUGCGUGGUGCAAAAGACAUGAGGUGCCCAUCGAGAAGAUUUUCAACAAGUCUCUCCUGUCAAAGUUUGCUUGGGCUAUGGAUGUAGACCCGGACUUCAGAUUCUGAUAUUUGGAAACGAUGGUCGGCAUGGCCCACUUCCUCCCACCCAGCCUUUCACCGAGAAAUGGAAAGGCGAAAAGAAGAGAGAGAACUUUAUUUCAUUGUUCAAUUAUAGAUAUUCACAAUUUUUUUUUUCUUUCAACUGUUCCAGCGGAAAAUUAAUGGUUUAUUGUAUAUCUAAUUGUGGCAGAGGACACUCCUAAAAGGAAGAAAAAAAAGAGAAUUUUAUGGCCGAGGACCUCCAAUGUUUCUCUGUAAUCUAACAACGGCAGAGUUGGCUCUCUCACUUUACAUUUUCACCCGUUAAUUUUUCCUUUUUUUUCCCCCCUCACCAAAUAGGAAUUCUUUGCAAUUGUUUAUUUGAACUUUCAGACACCAUACCAAUGAUUGUAGUGUUUGCAGUACAUUGAUGAAUGCUUAGUGCAACAUUUACUUCUAUUA